UCCCUUGCCUUUAUACUAUAACGGAAUAGCCAAGCUAAAAGCAGAUGUUCAGCACCGAAGAUAUCAUCCACUAGAAGUAAGGCGAGCUGAAGUAUAGAGUUCAGUGCAUAAUUGCCAGCCUUCUCGACUUAUCCCGUUCGUCGAUCCUCUCAAGCCCAAUAACGUUAUAUCGAGUCCAUCCUGCUACAGGACUUGAGAUUUAUAAUUUGGUUGAUGAGAGGUAGCUGUUAUUGCUCUAUUUCGUCAUAUAACGCCUUCUGUUCUUGCGAUUUUAGCUUGAGUUCUGUGAUGUAGUCUUACUGAUCGUUUCUAUUGUCGUGAUAACAGAGUGAAUGAGAGAUACCAUUCACUCGCACGUCUGACUGAUUACUGCUAUACAAUAAAUGCAACUGAUGCUGUGUAUAGUAGGACCUCUUCAGCGCAGUAAACUGCUGAUAGUACUCUACCAUUUGCCUGCCUCACUGUGCUCCUGUUUCUCGCUGCCCUUCUGCAUUCCUUCUCUGAUAGCAACACCGUUAAUAGCAUUUGAGUUGCCGACAACCUAUUUGAGGGGAUGUAGAGUGACUUGGUAUUCCGAAUACGGAGCUUGUGUGAAUUCGCCUCCAGCUUGAAUGCCACUUGCAGAAGCGACUGUACUGUCUGACUAGGCUCGAGAGAACUGCUGUCAAUUUGAAUGACAUAGCUGCAACAUCUUCCAUCUUCAUACUUAUAUCGAGGAUAAUAAAUUGCUGAACGCCAACUGAAAUCUUAUGAGAAAGCUGUUUGGAACACCAGAGCAAUCAACACCAACGUCGUCAGCGAGAGCACCCACGAGCGACGCACAUCUAAUCUCUGGAAU